GUAUUUAACAGAUCUGUUGUACAAAUUUAAGUGUUAAAUAUACAAAUUUGUUGUUUGGCUAACUUUUGGAUACAAUAGAAAAAAUUUAAAAAAAAAAUAAUGCAAUCAGAAUCGAUAAAAUUAAAUGUCAAACAUGACUCGUGUAACUAUAUGUUUGAUGUUAUUGUGACUCAAUUUAAGACAAAUAAGGUUAAAAUUCAAAAUCCCGCCCAGUUGCAGGUGGAUGUCAACUUUAACAACAAAGCGUUGCGUAUAACAACAAGUCGUAUUAAAGUAACCGAAUUCAAACCCGGUUCGGCUCUUGAGUUCAAAGACUCUCCAAGCAAGCUACAGAAGUUCAUCUCGCAAUGUGGAAUGCCAGUGUCAGUUAUAUACAAUGGCAGAGUUAUCGGUGCCGGUAAAGUACAAUUCCCGGCAGAGUUCACUGACCGCAUAGAGGAAGGCAUGAAUGAACUGAUGCAUGCGGAUACCUGCCAAUUUGAGCGGGACGGUGUAGUUGUCGGCACCCUUGAGAUACUCUGCCGCCUGUAUACCAAAUGCGACGAAAAAACAAAGCAGCAGGAAGAGAAAUGUCAGCUGUACAAGGACAAAAGCAUCAAUCCGCAGGAUAUUAUGUUUGUAAUGGGGGAAAACCAACACUGUCCCACUGAAAGCGAUCUUUGUCCAGAUGUCAUGUACCCAGACGAGGGCGAUGAUCGCCUGAAGUUGGACUUGAUGCGGUAUCGCAGCUCUAAUGGUAACGCACGUCGGCCAACUGAAACGUUCAUGCAUAACCCAGUAGCGACUAACGCCACAGGUGGGAUGAAGAAAAUGGCACGGGACUGUGAACAAAUUAUUGACUCAAUUGUCUGCCGCACUGCCCAGCCUCAGCAAAUCAUUGGCGGAAUUGACUCAAUAGUGGAUUCUCCACCAACCUUACCCAGAAUUCCCUGCUUUUCACAAUUUUCCGCGCCGCAGGUCAACAAUAAUGAAUUGUGCAGCCCAAAGGUGAUACCAGUGCCAAUCAGUGAAUUGGAAAAGCCAUCCAUCAAACCCAUACGCUUCUGCCCCGUCUGCCUGACCAAUAUGUCGUGGCUGCCCAAGUUUGCCGCAUGUCCCAAUUGCGGUGUGAAGCCUAUGCCAGUCAUCGAAGAAAGCCAUAAGGAAAAAAAACUGACAGCCGAUCAAAUAGUGACCGAUUUACUGGGUAAGCCGCUACUGGAAAACGUUGAAGAUUACUGUGCGAAGCUCUGCUCUGCACCCGCUGCGAAAAAUACUGAGGAAGAUCAACAGCUCGGAUGUCGGUGCACUUGCAGGAACGGAAAAAUCUGUGCGCACUGCCGAAUACGUAAAAUUUGCUCAGAUAUAUUUCAGGGCGAUGAAGGCCAGCCUGUGUGUCCUGAGGUACGGCCAAAAUCCUCUGAGGACAUUUGCUUGGAAGAUAAUGACUUAGAAAAGUGCCGUCCACACCUGGCGCGUGUAUUCUCUGAGCUUCGCGAAUUGUACAACAUCAAAGAAACCAAGCUUUUACCUGGGGUCAGCAAAGAAUGCGGUCAAUAUUCGUCGCCAAAUAAAACACCACAACAAACGGAUGUGAAACAACAAACUAAAUCAAAAGCGUAUUCACCGAAAAUAAGCCGCGAAGGUGCUAAGAACAACACUGGAAAAUCAAGGCAAACAAACGUCGAGCAAAAGCCAACAUCCUGCAAAGUAGGACACAAGUCCUGUCUAAGUCAACAGGGUGCCGUACCUCCCAACCACGGUUGGGCCUGGCCUUCCAGCAAGCUAACGCGCAAGUACGGCUGGCAACCGGGCUUCGUUCGCAAGUCCAUCAAAAAGAUUAUGAGGUUUUUCUUGCAAUACUUACCAGAGAAAAAAGCAUUUGACACAUGUGCGAGUGUGGAAAAGGCAGACAAGGAACAUCAGCUGCCCAUUCUUCACGUGCGCAAGAAGCAAGGCGAAAUCUAUAUUACGCUGCGAGCGGUCAACAACAAGAAUGUCGAGAUGAAGCCCAUUGUAUUUAGGGUAGUUAAAAGCGAUCUCGCUGUGGCUCUAAGCCAAAUCAAGAGAAAGUUGAAAGCGAAAGGUUUCCCCAAAUGCAACUGCCACAAGACGGUUAUGAUGUGCACCUGUCGCAACUACUACGACAAGAAACUUCUCGAGCAUGCUCUGCAAAAAGAAUGCAAACGUCGCGGCAUGGUGAACUGUGUGAACGAACUAGUCCUGACAGACACCAGUGACAGCGAAAUGGAGUAUGAUUUUGAUGUGUCACCGCCGGCGGGCUCUGCAAAGCCUCGUCCGGUGCCAAAGCCACUCACCAUUAGCCAUAGCACCCAGUGCACCGCAAUGGAUAGAAUUGUGCUCCCAAGGUAUCCAAUCAAAUACAGCCCCUACUGGCGCGCCUAUGAUUGUGCUGCCGGUGAUCGUUACACGGGCACAGCCUUCGGCGCUCCAGGAGAGGAAGUGUUUGAGGAUGGUGUCUUUGGGAGAAAGGGUGGCGUGCCAAGAAGGCACCAAGAAGGUGCCAAGAAGGGCACCCGUGGACGCGGUGAAAAAAUGCUUAAAGAGUCUGCCAGAGCCAAAGAGGACGCUAUAAAUAAAGAUUCGACACCGCAGAAAAUGGGUAUCGACAUGAUGAAGUAUGUUCAGCAGCACGGCGCCUUUUCUAAGAAACGAACUGUUGUUGGCCCGGACGGACUUACCGAUGCACAACGUAGGCGUCGUGCUCUGCAGCAAAUCCCCCCAGUCCCUAUCGAAUUCGUGACUCGCCUCGGUAAAGGCUUUAAUCCCUGUACUGCCGGAUGCUGCAAUUCGUAUGGCACCCAGUGUCUCAAUCCUUGUUAUUACAAUUGCUAAAUAAAUAAUAGAUCCGUGUAUUUACAAUUA